AUGCCAGUCCCAUUGAAGGAGCUUCGUGAUAGUGACGAUACCUCACAAGGCACAUGUUUUUGCUGCGAUAUAUGUUUGCUGGAGUUUGACGCAGGUGAAACCGUGUCGUGGUCGCGAAAUCCAAAAUGCAAACAUUGUUUUCACAACGACUGUCUUGUAGAUUGGAUUAAGCGGAAGGCGACAUGCCCAUCGUGUCGGGAAGAUUACAUGAUCGAGUCAGCGGCCGGCCACAGCAGUAACCUGCCCAACAACAAUAACAGUCUUCGCAGUAAUGAGGAGAACGUAUAG